UACCUCAUUAAAGGCUAAAGCCAGCUUCCCUUCCCACCCAUUCAUUUUCCACUAGGCAGCCCAUGGCCACUCUACUCAACUCUUCUUUCUCCACUCAACCCCCUUCAAAAGCUCUUUCAUCUCCAAUUCCAUUUUUAACACCAUCUUUCCUCCGCCAUGUCCAUUUUAGAAAUCUCAUAAACCCAACCCCAAAACCCCUCUCCACUUCAACGAAUCCGCACGCAUUCAAACACACAGCAAUCCAUUGCAGCAGCAGUGGAAGUAUCAUCACUUCCUCAAAUCCGAUAGGAAUCUUCUCUCUGUUCCAAGAAUUCGGACUCUAUGAAAGAGAAUCCGAAGCUUUAUUUCAAAAGCAUCCGUUUCUUCAAUACGCAUCUCCUGAAUCGCUUCGACUUAGAUUUGAUUCUCUACUAUCCGUUAAAAUCACUCGCUUUGCAGUUCACCACUUGAUUACCAAACGACCUGAGAUCUUAACUGCAGCUGAAAUCGGCCCGUUUCUUGAUUUUGUUCGGGAGAAUUUGGAAGGAAUCAAACCUGGAAAGCUCGAACGCCUUUUAAUUACCACAGAGCCUCGAUUCUUGGUGGGCUUCGAUGAGAAGAUUGGAUUGCUUCUCGAUCAUGGAAUUCCUCGCGAGAAGCUUGUUCGUGUUAUUAAUGAUCUCAAUCUCAAGGUCUUCUGCCAGAGGGGAAUUGAAAAAACCGAAAGGACGGUCAUUUUCUUGAACUGUUACAGUUCCAAUUUGGUCAUUCGUCGUCCGAUGCUUCUGAAUCUUGAUUUGAAUAGGCAGCUCAUUCCAAGAGCUGGGUUUUUUACGGAGCUCAGUGGAGACAAGAAAACUACAGAAAUCUUGGUGCAGAAGUUCCCUGUCAUCUUAUCUUACACCGUGGAGCACCUACAAAUGCAUAUGGAAUUCUGGAGAUCUAUUGGUUUGAGGGACGAAGAGAUUUUCAAGAUCAUUCUUGUUUACCCGAGUGUCUUCAGCAUCAGCAAAGAGAGGAAAUUGCAGCCGAGAAUCGAAUUUCUCAAGCAAUGUGGUUUGAAUGCAAAUGACAUCUUUAAGUUUUUGAUCAAAGCGCCUCUGUUUCUCAGCUUAUCCUUUGAAGAAAAUCUCUCAAAGAAAUUGGGCUUUUUAGUAAAGCUCGGCUAUGAACAUAGAACAAGGGAGCUGGUGAUGGCAAUUGGUGCAGCCACAAGGACUAGCUGCGAGAAUAUGCAGAUGGUGGUUGGGGUUUUUUUGAGUUACGGGUUAUCCUGCGAGGAUAUUUUCGCCAUGAGCAAGAAGCAUCCUCAGGUGCUGCAGUACAAUCACGGGUCAUUGGAGAAGAAGAUGGAGUAUUUGAUCGAAGGGAUGGGUAGAGACAUUGGAGAGCUGUUGGCUUUCCCUGCUUUUCUUGGGUACAAGCUCGAUGAGAGGAUCAAGCGGAGGUAUGAAGAGAAGAAAGUUGUGAGAGGGAAGGGAAUGUCUCUCAACAAGCUUUUGAGUGUUUCCACUGAGAGAUUCUUGAAUAAGAAUUCCAGGGAGAUGGUGUUUGAAUUAGAUGAAGUGAAGAUGGAUUAGGGGAGUUGAAUUCUCCAAAUGCAGCCUGUGUGUCAUCGAAGCCUGAUGCUGAUACUUUUAUGCUGUAGUAUAGUCUGUUAAUUUUCCACUCCAAGGAGGUUUUUCCUUCUGCGCACUGGCUCAAUGAGGGGGUGUUUGUUGCCAAAUUCCUGAUAUUUGGUAGUUGGAAUGCUGGAUCCAGAUCAUCUAUUUAAAGGUCAUUUUGGUGGAUGGUUCUCAUUUGAAUGUCAAACUGAACACGGUUAGCCCUCAUUUAGCUGUACUUGGCCAUGAAAUUGAAUAAGCAUGUCUGAUUCUUCAGAGAAGGUGGUCUGAUGUGAAGAAAUUCCAUGAAUUCUUUGAACUUUUCAAUCCAGGCAAGGUGGAUGGGAACUGACUGUGGGCUGGGUUUUGAUUCAGAGGGGCAGUUAAGCUGAAGCUUUGGAACCAGGGAGCAGUGGAGAAUGGAAUUCUAGGUGAGGUCAGGUAGGUGAAGCGUCUAGCUGAGCAAGCACGUUGAAUCACUGGAAGGCCUUCGUUAUUCUCUAAUUUGGUAACCUGGAGAUAGAAAAGGGUAGACGUACAGCAAGAACCAUGGCCAGGAUUGUCUUUUUGAUGCGAUUUUCAACUGUGGACCAUCCAUAGAUAGGACCAACUAUGUGAGUGGUCUGGAAUCACUACCCCACCCACCAUGUCUGAGGUGCGAUCACUGCCCUUCCUGAUUCAGUGCACUGGAUCAAAACUUGCAUCUUCUACCUAUCACCUUAGAUGCUCGACGAUGCUAACCUGGUCAGCUUCUACCUAACCCCUGUUUACACACUAAAAAAAGAAAAACAGAGAGAAAGAAAGAAGCAGCAGCAAGAUUCGAGAGGUUGCCUUGUAUAUAUCAGAGUAUAUGAACUUCUUAGUUGCACAGGAUCCAUGGUCAAUGCAUAUUCCAUGGCACAGGUUCAAGAAAAUUGAUACAUUUUAAUCUCCCACCAGCUUUGGGCUCAAGGUCGAACUCUUAAGUGACCCGACGCACUCCUCACCUGGGCCAGACUGAGUUGCUGUGUCGGGACCUGAGUUCUUUCCCUGAACAGCCAAUAUCUAAGAUACCUUCUCCUACUUCAGACUCUAAAGCGUAGUUUCUAUCUGCGAAGAUACUUUCUCCAACUUCAGGCUUCUGAGCAGUUCCCAUUUGUGAAUAAAUCUGAGAUUGGCCCACUAAAGCCCUUGUAAUCUUGUCGGUUAUGGAAUCACUAACUGCAUGCUCUUCUUCUGCAUUAUUACAGGUCUGACUCUCCUUGCUCCAAAAGGAUGACUAGACCAUCAAGCAAGCUGUAUUGCUUCGACUUCCCUUGAUCUGAAAUUGAUGACCAGAUGAAUCAAUGAGUUAUAUAUCUUUGAUUCUCCUUUUAUGAAAUUGAUGUCCAGGUGAAGAAAUGAGUUACAGCUGUUGGCAGUUUGCCGCCUCUUUAUGGUUAUUGUUUGGUUAUGAACAGAAAGGCAAGAUAAUUUCUCCAUCCAAGCAACAUAUGUAACAUAACCAAGGCAAGAUUAUUUCUCCAUCCAAGCAACAUAUGUAACAUAACCAAGGCAAGAUUAUUUCUCCAUCCAAGCAAGAUAUGAAAAAUGGUGGAUUGAAUAUGUGAGGAACCAUAUGAUCCUUGACAAUAUAUUCAAGCCUCGAGUUUGUGGGAGUGGGAUCCAUGGCUUGUUGAUCCAGACCAUUUAUUCCAUUGUUCCCACCAUGGAUGAGGUUCAUGAAAAUUCCUCAGAUCUAAUCAUUUUAACCCUUUUUGUACCCCUUCAUAACUGGGGUGAAGAAAGGGAAUAACCUCUCUCCUUCCUGGUUGGUCCUUACACUACUAUCAGCUGAUUAAUAAUUUCUUUGCUCCAUGGUCUGUCGGAGAUGCCAUAGUGGGGCCAUCAGAUCGACAGUCCAGAUGGCAGAACAAUCAGUCUCAAUUGUACAAUCUUGAGGCCAG